CGACAAACGCACCUUCCAAUGGCAAUAGUGUACGACAAUCCCAAGAAACGGUUUGACCCGGGUGUUUCUCCCCAACAGAAGGCUGCUGUUGCGGGGAGGCAGCAUGACCGACUGAAGCGUAUCACCCGGCAGUAUGGAAGUGCACAAGGCGAGAAAGAGUUAUCCAUUGAUGCUAACGUUAGUUUUGACUACAAUGACCAUCGUAAGGACACUCUUCUAGGUGCCGCUACCUUAGAGCAGCAAAAACUACUGGAGGAUGCAACCCAGGAACGUUUAGAGCUACCCGUUUUGAAAGAUGGAAAGGGUACAGGAUUGAUCCGUCUCAACGUCAACUCCUUCCCGUUUUUAAAACCUGAAUUAGUCGACGGCAAAGACAUACUGCCUCAAACAGCGUUCUUCUACCUCAACUCCCUUUUCUGCCCCAAAACGCUCCAGCUGGCGCGUCUGCAUCCUCUGGCGGUAUCCUUGAUUCACAACAUCACUUUGUCACGAGACCAACGCAGGUCUUGUUGGCAACGACGGUCUCUAUUCAGAAUCCAAGAUAUCUCUGGAAACCCUGCGCUGGAACUCACGUGUUUGGCUGGUUGGACGUUUCGGCAGAUGCUCGCCUUCCACACACUCUCGGGAUGUCGCAUGCGUGCUGGGGAUUUGAUAGGAAUGGGAGCAUUAUCUGGAGAGGACCCAACCUCCCUCUGUUCCCUCAUUGAACAGCGCAAGCACUUCCCUAACCGAAUGUUCUUACAAGACAGAGAUAAGCAUCGUAAUGUAACACCCGGCUCCCCUUUUCCAUUAAUUUUCCCUGGUAUGGCGCCUUACAAACCCGCCUGCACUGUCGACCCAAGGGUGCGCUUCUGCUCCUCAUAUCCUCGCGACUUCUACUCUCGACCAGCAUUCUCACCCACUUCAAGCACUCGAUCAACACCAGUAUCGUCUCCUCGGCCACUUCCAAAUUCUGCUGAUAAUACACUGCCGACUAGUAAGGCUGGGAUGUCUAAGGAGGAGAAGGCCGCUGAGAUGGCGAGGAGGAAGGAGGAGAGGCAGUUGCGGAUUGAGAAGCUGAGGGAACAGAAAAAGAACACUGCUGCUGCUGGAAAGGCUUGA